AUGGGUGGGUGCGCGUCUCGGCCCGUGCAUCCGUCGUACGUCGCGGCGCAGGAGGCUGAGCUCGAGCGAUUCCGCGGGACGCCCCGAUCUCCCGGGCCCGUACCCACGACGGAGGCGAGGCAGCCGGAGGAGGCGUGGGAAAGCCCGAGCGGCGACGGCGGCGACGUCGUGGAUGAUGCUUACUGUGAUGAUAACGCCGACGCGGGCGACUGUCCGCGGACGACCACGCCGGUGGGCACGCUCAGCCCGGUGGGUCCGGUGACGGAGGUGUUCGGCGGCAAGAGGAAAGACGCCGCUCCGCCACCGGCGGCACCGGGCGCCGGCGCGGCGUCGCCCCAGACCGCGAAGGCCAAACCCCCGAAGAAACUCACGAUCGAGGAGGAGCGCCAAAUGCUCCGCCAGAAGCUCGCCGAGUGCGAGGAGCUCAUGAUCAAGGGCACGGAGAAGGCGCUCCUCAUGGCCACCAUGGAGGAAUCCAUGGAGCAUCUCGCCAGGCAGCUCCGCACGGAGCAGGAUGCCAGGCGCGUCGCCGAGCUCGCCAUCGAGGACGAGCGCAAGCUCCGAAGGCAGAUCGAAGACAAGGUGGACAUCGAGGUCAGGCUGCGACAGGAGAUAGAGAACCGCGUACGGGACGCCAACGAGGUGGCCAAGCAGGCGGAGACUCUCGCGUGGAAAGCCCGGCGAGCGCAAGAACUGGACGAAAUCGAACAGACGAACAAGAAGCUCAGGGCGAACGACCCGGAACGCAACGCCCGCCUCGAGGUGGAGCUCGCGCAGACCAAAAGGCUGCUGAACGAGGAGCGCGCGCGAGCCCGGGCGGAGAGGGCGGUGGCCGAGACGACACAAAAGGCUGAGGAGGAUCGGCCGAGGCUCGACGAGGACUCGGAGAAGACGAGGUUCGAGCGCAGGGUGAAGGAGGAGGUGCUCCUGGCGAUGGCCAAACACGAGCGCGAGAUGACCAUCGCGCUGUCCAAGGCUGCGGAGGAUAAGGUGAACGCGCUCGAGCAGGCUGCGGUGCAGAAGCGGCAGACGAUUUCGCAGCUGGAGGAGUUCCACAAGUCGGAGCUCAGGCGAGUCGAGGAGCGCGCCGAGAAGGCGAUUGAGGCGGCGAGAACCGAGAUGAGACCUCAGCGCGCGGAGUUCGAAGCGCUCGUGCAGCAGAGGCUCGACGACCACAAGACGUUCGUGGAUGAGCGCAAGCAGGCGCUCGCGUUGGCCAGGGAGGAGUACGAAGCUAACCUCGAUCGCAUACGGCAAUCGCACGAGGCUGAGGUGAAGGGCCUGCGCGAAGCCGCGGAGAACCUCAUGGCGACUCUCAAGUGGGAGGCCGAGGGAGAGGAGGGAACCAGGGCGCGCACGAUCGAGGACAUCGGGCGGCAGCUGCGGGACACGAAGGAGAUUCUCGAUCGCGAGGCGAGGCUCCGCGAACAGGCUGAGGCUCGAAGCGAGGCGGACCUCGCGGCGAGGAGGGACGCCGAGAAGAACGCCCGCGCGGCUGAGCUCCGAGCGAGGGACGCCGAGGACCGAGCGUACGAGGCGCAGCGCUACGUCCAGGCUGCCGAACGACGCACCAAGCAGCAGUACCUGGAGAUCGAGCGCGUGCGAAGAGCCGGGGAGAAGCGACGCGAGAUUCACCUCCUGGAACCGGGCGAGAUGCCCCGGCCCAACACCGCGGACGUCGCCGUGGACGCGCUCGAGGCUGACCUCGGCCUCGUCAUCGACGACGAGCGGGAGAAGGCGCUCGCGGACGCGAGGCUCGCGGUGCACGACGCCACGGCGCCCUAUCGCGCGGCGGUGGCCAACCUGCAGGAGUACCUCGCCGGCGUAGACGACGGGGACAACCGGGUCAACCCGCGUAAAAAGCUGGACAUGGAGAAGGCGGCGGAGGAGUGCAGGCGCAGGUUACUCGCCGCGUCCGAGACGUGCGCCAAGCUCCUCGCCGAACUCGAGGAGACCCAGUCGGGGGCGCUGGAACGGACGAGGGGCGAGCGCGAGGGGCUCUUCUCGGAGCGCGAGAGGCGACGCCGCGAGGAGCAAAAGGCGGAGGCGGCGCGGGCGCAAAAGGAAAAGGAGGAGGAGGAGGAGCGGGCGCGCGUCGCCGACGAGGAGAAGGAGAGGGAGGCGAGGCGUUUAAGGAUCGCGAAGCUCCAGGCGAAGAACGCGAAGAAACGUGGGGACGGACCCGGGGACGGAUCGGGUUCCGGCUCCGAAUCCGAGUCAGACUCUGAGUCGGACUCGUCAGACUCUGAGUCGGGUUCCUCGUCAGACUCGGACGGCGACGGCGACAAGGAGAACGCGGCUGGGAAGAAGGGCGGGAAGGACCCGGCGCGGGUGGCGUCGCCCGUCGUCGAGAGCAAAGGAAGGUUGCACGCGGGCGCCGUCGUUCGGGAACCGUCCAGGCCGCGGGUAAAGAUGUUUGAGUUUUCGGCGCUCGAGAGGCACAAGCAGUAG